AAUUCCCACAUCGAAAAACACCAUUCCAUUCUUGGGGGUGGAAAACGUCAACCUGUGGCGGAAUCAACGACUUCUGCGAUGUGAACUUUGGGGAAUUAAAACCAUGAGAAGCGUGAAGAGGAAAAAGCUACUGAACUUAAGAAGCACUCCAGUUGAAGUUUACAUGAAAGUGAUGUUCUAAAAAAACCGGCAACGAUAGCCAUAUUCUGCCGCACCAAUUCGCCAUAUGGUUAGAGCGCGUCCCUCUUUAGUGUGUUCAUAGCCCGUUGUGGAUUAUUAUGAGGCGUCAUGGCGUGGUGUGACCGUGGGUGUCAGAUACUGCUGACCAUCGUGGGCGCUUUUUCAGCUUUCAGUCUGAUGACAAUAGCUAUUGGGACCGACUACUGGCUCUAUUCUCGGGCGUACAUAUGUAACGCCACCAAUGUCACCACGGACGACAUGCAACCCAAGAAAACUAGAGGCGACCUGACGCACUCCGGGCUGUGGCGGAUUUGUUGUAUAGAAGGAAUCAACAAAGGAAGCUGUCUUCGGAUCAAUCACUUCCCAGAAGAUAACAACUACGACACAGACAGCUCGGAAUACAUCUUACGUAUAGUGCGGGCCUCCAGCCUCUUCCCCAUCCUGAGCAACAUCUUGUUGUUGCUGGGAGGACUGUGUGUCGGGGCUGGGAGGAUCUACAGCAGUAGGAACAACAUCCUGCUCAGCGCCGGCAUCCUGUUUGUGGCUGCAGGUCUAAGCAACAUCAUCGGCAUCAUUGUCUACAUCUCCAGUAAUGCCGGUGACCCUAGCGACAAGAAGGACGAGGACAAUAAGGGUAGCUAUGGAUACGGCUGGUCUUUCUACUUCGGAGCGCUGUCCUUCAUCGUGGCGGAGUCCGUUGGCGUUCUCGCUGUCAACAUCUACAUCGAGAAGAACAAGGAGACGCGGUGCCGGGCGAGGCGGGAGUUCAUCAAGACCACCUCGUCCACCUCGCCCUACUCCCGUAUCCCUAGUUACCGUUACCGGCGGCGACGCUCCCGUUCCAGUUCCCGCUCCACCGACCCGUCCCGGGAGACCUCACCCGUCGGGGUUAAGAUGGGAGGAGGAGGGGGAGCAGGCAUAGGAAGUGGAGCAAGCUUUGGGAUGCCCAUGGAUGGUAUCUCCAUGUACGCCCUCAGUAGGGACACUAUGAAAAGUGGGAUAGCUGGGUACUGUAGUCCAGAGCGUGACUCAAGCUUCCUGCAGGUCCACAACUGCUUCCAGAAAGAUCUGAAGGAGGGUGUCAACAGGAGAACGACUCCCGUAUGAGGGUUGGAAUGCAUCUCUGAACUUGGUAGGAUACAGGAGACUUCACUAAACUGUAAAGGAAACACUUGGACAGCACAUGAUCCAGGAUCAUUGUUGCAACUACAAUACACAGACUAUCUUCCACGCUGAAAGGUCAUAGUUCAUAUGAUGGAGUGUGCUCUUUUUUUGUUUUAACAAAUUGCCAUCCGUCUUCGUUUGAAUGUGGAGGAGAAAUGGACGCUGAAGGAAUAUUUGGAAAACCUUUGGUAAAGCUACUAUUAGUCCAUUUACAAAGACUACAGAAACCCAGACCUUUAGUAGCAAUGCUUCUGUGAUACACCAUAAGAAAAGUAUGUGUUUUGCAUAUCCCUCAACAAAUGGUAGUCAUAUCUUGUUGUUUUGAUGUUGUCAAGUGAUAACUCACUGGAGGGGUUUGAUUUUGCCAUUGUAACUGGUGCUAUACACUUUCAACACACUUUGAAUAUUCUGAUUACACUCUUAGAAGAAAGGGUUCCAAAAUAGUUUUGUGCUGUAGAACCCUUUUUGCUUUGGGUUCCAUGUAGAACCCCAUGUAGAAGGGGUUCUAUACUGAACAAAAAUAUAAACGCAACAUGUAAAGUGUUAAUGGAAUGAAAGAUCCCAGAAAUGUUACAUAUGCACAAAAAUCGUAUUUCUCUAAAAUGUUGUGCACAAAUAUGUUUACAUCCCUAUUGGUGAACAUUUCUCCUUUGCCAAGAUAAUCCCAAGAUAAUCCAUCCACCUGAUAGGUGCAUAUGAAGAAGCUGAUUAAACAGCAUGAUCAUUACACAGGCACACCUUGUGCUGGGGACAAUAAAAGACCACUCUAAAAUGUGCAGUUUUGUCAAACAACACAAUGCCACAGAUGUCUCAAGUUGAGGGAGCGUUCAAUUGGCAUGCUGACUGCAGGAAUGUUCCCCAGAGCUGUUGCCAGAAAAUUGAAUGAUCAUUUCUCUACCAUAAGCCGCCUCCAAUGUUGUUUUAGAGAAUUUGGCAGUACAUCCAACUGGCCUCAUAACUGCAGACCACAUCUAACCUCGCCAGCCCCUGACCUCCACAUCCGGCUUCUUCACCUGCGGGAUCGUCUGAGACCAGCCAUCCAGACAGCUGAUGAAACAGAGUAUUUCUGUCUGUAAUAAAGCCCUUUUAUGGGGAAAAACUCAUUAUAAUUGGCUAGGUCUGGCUCCCCAGUGGUUGGGCCUAUACCCUCCCCGGCCAACCCAUGCCUGUGCCCCAGUCAUGUGAAAUCCAUAGAUUAGGGCCUAAUGAAUUCAUUUAAAAUCACUGAUUUCCUGACAUGAACUGUAACUCAGUAAAAUCAUUGAAAUUGUUGCAUUUAUAUUUUUGUUCAGUAUACAUAAAACCCCAAAAGUUUCUACCUAGAACUAAAAAGGGUUAUUCAAAGGGUUCACAUAUGGGGACAGCUGAAGAACCCUUUUCAGUCCUAGAUAGCAAAUCUUCUAAAACCUGGGAAUUUUGGUAAACUUUUUUUUGUAAAUUUUGUAACUCUAAUCCUUCUCACUAACUGUCAUGUGAUCCUCAUCUAUCUAUCUAUCCUCUGUGGUCUUUGUAUUGGCGGGAACUGGUGUACCUGUACUCUACGUAUGUUUGUACUAUGAUCUGACCCACUGCCAUACUCUUACUAUUAGUAAAUAUCCAAAUACAAACCUGUUGUAGAUUGAAAAUAAAUAAGGGGGAUGUAUGGAAAUACUGAACUCAUUUUCAUGUUUCAUGAAUAACAUUCCAAUCAAUAUAAAUACGUAGAUUUAUUUCAAUCAAAUGGGCAUUGUCUUCAUUGAGUGUUAUAUAUUAUUUGGAUUUUGCUCAGGGAAGCUGUAUUGAUAUCAACUAAUUUACACCUUUAUGAAGCAUUACCUAUUAGGUAUAUUACAUAAAAGCAUUUAUGCCGUUAUAUCUUGUCUAAUGCCAUAAAGACUGUCAUCAGUGUCCAAAAAUAGAGGUGAGAUCACACUGUAGGCUAUGUCUUGUUGUUUAUGAAUCCACUUUUUAAUCAUGUACUUCUGUGGAGGACUGUGUGUAUGGCAAACUCCAUGUAGAAGUUGCCCGUAGGCACAGAUCUAGCAUCAGCUUACCAAAAUCCUAACCUUAACCAUGAGUGGAUAAAAACCUCGGAUCAGCAUCUUGAGAAAAUGUCAUUCCCUUAUGUGUUGGAAAACUAAAGUCUUGUUCACAUUAGCAGUUUGAAGUGACUCAAAUCUUCCAAAAAUGUAAUAUCCUUGAAUGUGCUAUUUUUCCUGCAGUCUAAACAACCAAAAAGCACAUGGAAUUGUAUAGUUGAAGCCACAUUUCUAACCACCUCUGUAGGGGGUUUAAAGUCAGAUACAAAUCUGAUUCCUGGCCCUGCGACUUGUGUCGGAACGGUCAAAUCUGAUUUAUUUGCCCUUAAGUCGGUUUUAGGCUGUUAAUUGAAAUAUCUUGUUCCUUUAUAGCUACACCUUUGACAGUUUGACAAGAACAUGUGGUAGCCAACUAACGUGAGCUAGUUGAUUGUUUGCAAACAAAUGAGUGAAUGUGCUAGACCGCUACCUAGCUAGUUGACUGCUGUGGCUAGCCAAAAGGACAGGACUUGUUUUGAAAGUUGGAUAAUUUUGUCUGUUGACAAGUGAUCUUACACUAUAAUUUUAAACAUUCAAAACAACUGGGAAACAUCCAUGGCAGGCAUUGUUGUCACUUUAACUUGCUACAUAACUUCUGAGCAACAGGAAGUAGUAGCACCACCACUGCACACACACCUGUCGUCACUAUGACAACUAGCGUAGCCAUGUCAGCAAAUGACUUCUGUCUGAACACGCAUCCGGUUUGGUAACUUGAUGUAAUGGACAGUCAAUAUUCCAAAAAGGUUUUGAAAACAAAACUGAUUUGAGCAUUAAAGCCUGCUGUGUGAACAAGGCUUAAAAGGCCACUAGUCAGAGCCAACUUCCUUUAAAUUGAAUAAUCUGUGUAGCACAGUACACAACCUUCUUCCCUCAAACGCCACAUUGUUCAUGGUAUUCAGUUCCCCCUCACAUUGAGCUAAUGAAGCAGGCUUGAUAGGCCUGUAAAUGCUCCAUUCUGUGGCAGCACGAAAGGCAUUAAGACAUUACGAGCAUUCACAGGGUGUGAAUGAAGGGAAGUCUACUAACAGACACAGUGGCAAGAAAAAGUAUGUGAAUCCUUUGGAAUUACCUGGAUUUCUGCAUAAAUUAGUCAUAAAAGUUGAUCUGAGCUUCAUCUUCGUCACAACAAUAGACAAACACAGUGGACUUAAACUAAUAACACACAAAGUAUUGUAUUUUCUAAUCUAUAUUGAAUACAUUAUUUAAACAUUCACAGUGUAGGUUAGAAAAAGUAUGUGAAACCCUAGGCUAAUUACUUUUCCAAAAGCUAAUUGGAGUCAGCUAACCUGGAGUCCAAUCAAUGAGACGAGAUUGGAGAUGUUGGUUAGAACCAUCCCUACGGUGAAGCAUUGUGGUGCCAGCAUAAUGCUGUGGGGAUGUUUUUCAGCGGCAGUGACUGGGAGACUAGUCAGGAUCAAGGGAAAGAUGAACGGAGCAAAGAACAGAGAGAUCCUUGAUGAAAAUCUGCUCCAGAGGUUCACCUUCCAACAGGACAACAACCCUAAGCACACAGCCAAGACAACGCAGGAGUAUAAAAUUGAGUACAAUGCCAUGCAAUCUCCAUAGACAAACAUAUGGGUGUGAAUGUGUGUGGUUUUGUGUGAGAGUGUCAGUGUAGUGUGUGAGAGUGAGUGAGGGUAUAUACUGUAUAGUCUUGUGUGCAUAGCGUCAGUGCAAGAUCGGGUCAGUGCAGAUAGAAUGGGUAACCAUUUAAUUAACUAUUUAGCAGUCUUCUGGUUUGGGGGUAGAAGUUGGCCUGAGAACCGGAAGUCAUUGGCAAUCUUUCGGGCCUUCCUCUGACACAGCCUGGUAUAGAGGUCCUGGAUGGCAGGGAGCUCGGCCCCAGUGAUGUACUGGGCCGUCCCCCCACUCUCUGUAGCACUUUGCUGUAAAGGGCGGUGACUCUUCACCGUCGGUGAUUAGGCCUACCACCGUCAUGUCAUCAGCAAACUUUAUGAUGUUGUUGGAGUCGUAUUUGGCCACGCAGUCGUGGGAGAACAGGCAGUAGUGGUGGGUGAACAGGCAGUAGUCGUGGGUGAACAGGCAGUAGUCGUGGGUGAACAGGCAGUAGUCGUGGGUGAACAGGCAGUAGUCGUGGGAGAACAGGCAGUAGUCGUGGGAGAACAGGCAGUAGUCGUGGGUGAACAGGCAGUAGUCGUGGGUGAACAGGCAGUAGUCGUGGGUGAACAGGCAGUAGUCGUGGGUGAACAGGGAGAAAAGUGUAUCCAUCUGCUUGAUGUUUUUCCUCUCUCAAUGUAGAUAUUGAUGUCUGCCAUUGUCUUGGUAACAGCCAGUGCUACCUUAAGGUAAUGUUAUUCUGGGUAGAUAAUAUUAGGCUACAGGCCUUAUUUUGGCUAAUCUCUGAAAACUCUAUUGGGGCACAUGAAAGUGAGAAUACAGAAUGAAUGAGAGUAGCUCCACUGAAAUCUCUGUCAGGCUCUAAAAUAUAUGUACUGUAAUUGAUUUCAAGUGUCUUUGAACAUUUGUUUUAAUUGAAUAAAAAAGGUAAUGUCACUGUCUGAAAUGUGAUUUGAUUGAGUUGAGAGCACCAAAGAGUUGUACUCAUCCACAUUUAUAUUUCCAAGAUAUUGUCUGAAUGCUCAAACACAGAACUGGAAAGAAGCAUUGCCAUCCCCAAUACAUUUUUCCUUCUUAAAAGCUUGAAUCCUCAUUUUCAAAAUGGCUGACAUUUUUCAUAGUGGGAGUUCAAUCCCCUAGUGUUCUGUUCCUAAUCACUCUGUAGAAUACAUCCAUGUGUGAGGGUACUUUUUUUAUUCAUCUGAUUAUGUUUGAGGACUGUAUCGUUUCAGAAGGCGAAAUGUCGAUACUGUUCUACCGCAAUUGAUAUCAAAUCUGAAAGUGUGGUUGAAUGCUUACUUGCCCUCUCUUUUGUGUUUUGGUUUAGAAAUUAACAUACAAAGAAGUUUGCUGUGCUAAGAUGAAGUCUCUCCUUUUCCUUCUCCCUCAAUUCCGAAAAGUAUUAUGCUUUUACUUUAAGAUAACAAUGAAAACAACUUGAAGUGGAGUAGUAUGUAGUAUGUGUCUGGUUUAAGUGUGUUGAAUACAACAAUUGUUUUCAAUCAUAACAAUGCAUUUUGUGCUUCAGGAAAAAUACUAACAAACUAACACGAAGUUUGUGAAUUUAUAUAGACUCGGUGGCCAAAAGUAUGUGGACAUGCCUUCAAUUAGGGGAUUAGUCUAUUUCAGCCACAGAAACAUCGUAACAAAUCUGAACUUGCUGUUAAAGUGUAGCGACAGGGUGGGACUGACUGACUGGUGUCCUUUCUAGGUGUUAGCAAUAGUCUCCAUCACAACCCAAGCAGAAAAAUACAUUUAAAUAUACUUAAAUCAUACUUCAUUCA